CAGGUACUGACAGUGAAUACAGAAAUGGAAGCCAUUAAAAUUGUAUGUUAGAAGAUUAGGUAGGCUGAGAUCUGCAGUCCCAGCACUGGGACACCUCUGAAGUAGGAGAAUGUUGAGUCGGCUAGCCUGGGCUACAUCUCAUUUAUACACACACACACACACACACACACACACACACAGAGUCUUUUUCAGUACUGUAUAGUCCUGUAACCCUUUCUUAUCUCUUUCCCCGGGUUUCUCCUUCUUCAGAACUCACCUUCAAGCUCUACCAGCGGGCCAAACACGUGUACAGUGAGGCUGCACGCGUGCUGCAGUUUAAGCAGGUGUGCGAAGAAGCACCAGACAAUGCAGUCCAGCUGCUGGGUGAGCUAAUGAACCAGAGCCACCGAAGCUGCCGGGACAUGUAUGAGUGCAGCUGCCCUGAGUUGGACCAGCUAGUGGACAUCUGCCGGAAGUUUGGGGCCAAAGGCUCACGACUUACUGGAGCAGGAUGGGGAGGCUGCACUGUAUCCCUCGUGCCCACUGACAUACUCUCCAGCUUUCUCGCAAGCGUGCAUGAAGCUUAUUACCAGGGGAACACGUCCCGCCUAGCUCGGGAGAAGCAUAGCUUAUUUGCUACCAAGCCUGGAGGCGGGGCUUUGGUUUUCCUUGAAGCCUAAAUGAUGUUCAACAUCCCAGAAAAACUAUUUUGGGCAUUCAAGAGCUGGUGGGACUUCCUGUGCCACAGUAAAUCAGUUCCUUUUCUAUUUUGUGUUGUGAGGUACAGUUGUUAUUAUCAAGAUGCAUUUCCAAAGAAAUGGUGAAAGCUAGGCUUCAUAAUGACUACUUUUCCUUCUUACAUGUAUUUUUAUGAAUCAGAGCCAAGGAUAUUGUUAGAUAGAUCUUUGAAGUAUGAUUAAGAUUUAUUGAUGUGAAGAUUUUAAAGAUGAACAGCAAAAUGUACUUUUAAUUGAACACUCCACUCCAAUUAAACUGAUACAGCUGAACUGUG